AUGGGCAAGUACGAAAAAAACAAACGAAAAUAUCGUAAGGAGUGGGAGUCCACCGAAUGGGCUAAAGAAUGGUUGCAACACAUUGACUCGGCAAAAUACAAGAAUCCGAACGAUCCAAACGAAGCUUAUUGUAAAAUUUGCGAUCAAUCAUUGAGAAGUCAUCUUUCGGAUCUUCAAAAACAUGCACGUUCGAAAAAGCACAGGGAGAAUUCUGCAGUGUUGAACAGGACAAAAUAUAAAUCUUUGAUGAGCCACGAUCAUCUAGGCGAGCUUCUAUCAACCUUAGGAAAAGGAAGCAAUCUCGAGAAUCUACGAUUACAUAGGACGAAAUGCUCAAAUAUGAUAAAGCACGUGAUUGCACCUGUUUUUUUCAAAGAUUUGGUCAAAGCCAUUGGGAAAAAAGGGUACUCGAUUAUUAUCGAUGAAAGCACCGAUGUUUCAGUCACAAAGUACCUGUGCAUGUGCAUUAAAUACUUCGAUACCACAGAAAAUCGCAUGCUCACUGAUUUUUUGGGCAUACUAGAAGUAGAACGAGCAACGGCCAUCGAUUUACAUAAGAGUAUUGUCGAGUAUUUGCAACAAAUUGGAAUCCCGUUGAAAAAUAUGAUAGCCAUAAGCACGGAUGGAGCAAUUGAUAACGACCUGGCCUUCUUGCCGGUUGCAGAAGUGGAUUUCGGACAGAACUUUAGGAAGGAAUUCCAAGGAUCCCAAAGCUCUGCGGAAAGAAAAUCUCAG